UGCCUGUUGCUUCCAGAUACCUAAUGGGUGCUCGUGCCCGUGCCUGUUCAGUCGCCCAGCGGAUCUUUUGUCGCUUCUCUGACUUUUCUGUGCCGGGGUGGAGUAUCAUCUCUUUUAAUCAUCGCUUGUGCACUUGCGCGUCUGGUCUCAGGCCGAGAUGUAGUGUGGGGUAUUAUAACAGUCUCAGUAUCCAUCUCUGACAGUCGUGUCCUAUUUCCCUUCUUUCCUUUACCUAGCCAAUAUGUCUGUUUCUCUAAAACCGCCUGCAGGGUCGCUGUCCCUGGAAUCACAGAGACCCUUUAUAAUGUCUAUGGCUGCUCUCUCCCCUGUACCGACCCGCCCUGUCGAGCUCCGUAGGCUUCAGGAUAUAGUGCAGUCACUUUUCCCAACUACUACCGUCCGGGUCCAAGAUGUGCAGGUUCUGGACGGUCACAUGCAUCCACUGCGUCUUCUGAAGUUGUCCAACGGUCUGCAGUUAAUGCUCAAAACUUCGCCUCGGCCAACAACAGCCCUCUUGCGCAGGGAGCGUUAUCUACUGGAGACAGAAGCCAGAGUGCUUGCCCUUCUUGCCUCGUGUGCCCACCCAUGUAUUCCACAGCUAUUUCUUUUUGAUCCAAGUCGUGCGUCUCUGGGCUCGCCGUUUCUCUUUCGCCAAUACAUAGGAGGCUGUCCUCUGCAUGACAUGGAGACACAAAUCACGACAAAACAGCGGAGGAAUAUCGAUCGACACUUGGGCUCCCUUGUCAAUUUGAUUGGUCAGCAAGUGGCACCGUCUUUUGGAUCCUUGGUGAAAGUAGCAGGCGGAUUAGGAAGUCCUUCGUGGAAACAUGCAUAUAUUUGCAUCUUUGAAGAAGUCCUCCGCGAUGCAGAAGACAUGUUUAUCAAUCUUCCAUAUGCAGAGAUCCGGCGCGAGAUUGACCGCCUAUCACCCGCCCUCGAGGAGGUCACCGUGCCCCGACUGGUUAUCGUCGACUUUGGCAGACCAUCCCAAAUAAUUUUGGACCCUGAAUUGAAGCAAUUACGCGGUGUUGUUGACCUGGGGAACGCAGUAUGGGGGGAUGUUUUGAUGGCAGAGAUCUUCGAGAACCCGUCAUCUGCUGUUCUCGAGGGUUUCGGAUCGAGGCUGAAUCUCGAAGGCUCAGAAAGGAUCCGAAUACUGUUGUAUGCAUGCUAUCGCUAUGUCCAGAAGAUUACCGAGCAAUACUAUCGGAAUCGCAACGAGGCACUCGAAAUUCAGGCACGGAGAGGCUUGACUGCGACGCUCCAAAAUAUCAACGCGAUCGAACUUUGAGCACUAUCUCGGCGUUUGUUUUAUAGCCACUUCGGUCGGCUCCUAACGACAUGAUGACUUUCUUCUGGCGGUCGAUGCAUAGUUACCUGGUUUGGCGCAAAUCAUGAGACAGGCUGUGUGGGGCUGCCCUCCUUUCUUU